AUGUUGUUCGAGCAAGCUGUUAGGCGGUUUCGACGUGAACUCCCAACUUCACCGGGUGCACAAAUCAUCGAUCCUUUGGAAUGGGAUUAUAACGGGAACUAUAGUAACUCAAUCGAUGCAGCAGCUGGACGAUUCAAUGGAAAAUAUAAUUAUCAGAAGGUUUCUUUCCGACGUAUUCCCAAGGAGGUAAAUUGGGCUUUAUUUCAUAACAAUGAGUCGGCUUCAUCGCCAUCUCGCCCUGUAAUAAGUUCAGCUCUUGUCAAUCAUUCAAUCACAAAAUCGACAGCGAUUUCACCAUCUAUAGCUCGCAGACGUCCACGAGCUUCUGGAAUUGUGUCCCCUUUAAGUAGUGAAGGACUUCCAAUUCUUGUGAAACCGCCGAACCCUACACGACAAUCGAAUCUUCCGAAUAGUAAUCAAUUGGAGGCCGUUGUGAAAACACCGCAAACGAUUGCAUCCAUUGACGAGCCGCAUAAAUUGACUUUCAACCGGAGAGUAUCUUGCCAUCGUCGGGGUUUGAGUGAGGCCUCGGCUUUACUUCUCAAAGCCAGCAAUGUCAGACAAACGAACAGUUUGGGUGAUCUACAACCCACCCCGAAUCCAUUUGAGUCGAAAAGUCCUGGAGUGAAAAACGACAUUGAUGUAGAUUUAUUUGGCGCAGCCUUUGAUGCCAUUCGAAAUCAAAGUCGAGCACCUGACAAGCCAAUUGUGAGUAGGAGUUUAGAGCAGCCUUCGGGUAGCUUCUUCCGGAGGCAUAUUCAACGGCAAUUCCAAGAUCCUUUCGAUGGUGAUUGGCCUUCAGGCGAAAUUGGCCGCAUGCUUCCAGUCCAACACCUUUUGAGGCUUCUUGGUCCUUCCCCCACGCCCAUCUUCCUUACCUUCCAUAGGCAUUUGUGGCAUUUCAUUAUGCGAUGGCGUAUUAAUACACCUUUCUAUAGCAAAUAUAUUGCCUUUCCUCCAACACUAUCAUCAAACGAUGCUGAUUAA